GCUUGGCCAAGAGUGAGUCCGGCUGAUGAAGUCUCGACGACGAAAAGGGUUAGCCAAAUAAAGGAUGGCCUAACAAAAGUGCUUUUGAUGGGCUACGCUGUCUGCAUUUUUCCAUAUACCUUUGCAAUGCUCCAUAUCUCUUUGCUGAAGGAUCAUGCAUCCUAUGGAG